UAAAGUUUGGUUUGUGUUUGUCGAGGUUAUAGGUUGGAUUGGAUUUGAGUAUUUGGAUUUUAUUUACGCUUUGUAAGAUUAGUAGUUAAUACUUUUGGGGCGUAAAGGUGAUUUUAAAUUUCCAGAUCACAAAUACCUACUUACUUUAUUUUAUGAGUUACCCUUGCGACGCGCGCGACCGGUUCAACUUGCCGGUAGCAGUAGCACCAAGGAAACAGUCAUGUCUGAGUCUUCGGCUACAGAAAAUGUCGAUAAGGAACAAGAAGCAAAAGCUGAAACGGCAACCCGUAAACGAACGAGACAUCGUAAGAAGCUCUUAUAUGAAAAGAUCCUAAAACAGAUGGAGUUCUACUUUAGCGACGCGAAUCUAUCUAAAGACAGGCUGCUGAGUAGCUUGAUGAAAGAAGACAUGUUCGUGCCUAUUGAUGUGUUCCUAAAGUUUAAUAAAAUUCGGGCAAUGACUAAUGAUCCCAACCAUAUUGCAAAGGCCAUGAAAAAUUCAACUUUAUUAGAACUGUCGGAUGACAAGACUAAGGUUCGCAGAAAGGUGCCGCUGAUUCCUUAUGACUCUGAUAGCCGCACGGUGUAUGUGGAGUCUAUACCAGUGACGGCUAGCCGGGAGUGGCUUGAGAGGGUCUUCAGUGAAUAUGGAACUGUGGCAUACAUCUCUCUUCCAAAGUUCAAGGAUUCUCAGCGCAUUAAGGGAUAUGCUUUUGUAGAAUUCAAUAGUCCUGAAGAUGCCCAGACCUGUAUAAGUGCAUUUACAAAAAUGGGCUGCAAGUUGCCUACAUGUAUGCCACCAGAAGAACUUUCCUCUAUCAAGACAUUUUCUGUGGUGAAUGCAGAAGGUGCUCCUGUAGUGGACAAUGUGCCUAAAGAAGAUUAUGAACCUCCCAAGAAGAAGUCCAAGAAAGUUAAGGAUAAGAAACUAGUGAAGACUGAGGUGAAGGGGGGGGAGGAGGAACCUGAUGGCAGUGAGAAAAAAGUUGAGACCUCUGCAAAGGAAGAAGCAGUAACUCCAUCAGAAGAAGAAGUGCGGACAACAGAUGCAGAGUCCAAGUACGACAUUAGUCAAGAUGAAGGCAAGACAGAAGGCGACGGGGAAACACCGCGGAAGAAGAAGAGAAAAAAACGAACCAAUAAAGAUAAGAGCAAGACCAAGAGUGGUUUGAAUGACAAGGAGGCUUCGAGAGGCGCCUUGUGGGGCCUGCAGGUGCUGGCCAAGUGUGAGUGGAAGGCGCUCCGCAACAAGUACCUGAACCUGCAGCGGCUCAGCAUGAAGAACCUGAAGCGCGAGCUGCGCAGCCGCCAGCCGCCCGCGCCCGCGCCGCCCGCCGCCGCCACCGCCGCGCCUCAUGAACCAGAGCCUGAACACGAGACAUUUGAAAAGGGGGUAUUUUUGGCUGGAACAUUACCCACCCCUUGCAUUGAACCUAGGGAAACUAAGCAACAGCUCAAAGCCAAUAAACACAUCUUGCACGUAGAGGUGCGAGAGGGACAGAACGAUAUUAUGCUUCGCUUCGACACACCCGCAGCUGCUAACGAGUGGUUGGUGAGUUCGGGUGAGUCGAUCCGCGCGCGGCCGCUGACGGAAGCGGAGGAGGGCGAGGAGCGCGCGCGCUGGCUGCGGGCCCAGACCGCGCCGCACCGCCGCCGCCCCAGGCAGAGACUGCAGGCUCGAGCCGCAGCGUCAGCGAGCGGGCCGGCGCCGCCGCAGCCCACCGCCACGCACAUACGCUUCGACGAGGACGACGCGCACUAGGGACAUCUACAACCCGGACCACUUAACUUGCCACCGCCGACAAGAACCAGACUUCGUGUAAACUAGCUCGGGAGUACCCGGGCCAGGUGCCAAGUUAACAUGCCCGGGUUGCAUGUGUUAUGUUACCUAUAGCGAAACUUAACUCUCCCAGUGAUGCGAAAUGUCCCGGUACGAUGGUGGCCGGUCAGUUACUCAAUGAUCUUAUGAGGAAGUUAUGACCUACUCUGGGAAUUUACUAUAACUGUAAAAAAGUUUUAUAUAGCAUUGUAAUCCACUGUUAUUGAGCAAAUAUGUUCAUAGACGUUGUGAUAUAAUAAAUAAAUGAAAGAUGUGUAAA